AUGCAGUGUAUGGGGACAAACUACGAGGGUUGCAGCCUCAAUGGAAGAAUGGAUGAUCCAGAAGCUAUUUACAAGUUUCCUAAUCACUUUGGAAGUGAAUAUCAUGGCGGAAUAGUCGACGGAAUGUUUCAUGGCGAAGGAAAAUUAAAGGUUCGUGAAGGAGUACAUUUUACUGGAAAAUUCGAAAAGGGCAGGGCAGUCGAGGGUUUCUUCGAGUUUCAGGAUGAUGUGCGAUUUGAAAUCGAAAAUUGGGCUUACUGCGACGGUGACAAUAACAGAGUUUUCAAGUCUGAGCUGGAGAAUGGAUUAAAACCGGCAGGUCGUUCCCAGCUUACCAAUGUGGAUCCGCCCCAAACCAUACCUAAAGGAAUGUAUGACUGUGGAGACGGAUUUUAUGACCCUGUGGUACGCACGGUGAUAAACUACGACUCUGUUUUCUUACGCAACACGGAUGAAAAAGAGCAUCAAUGGAUUAUAAACCGGUGCAGGAAGGCCUGGGACGAGCCAGUCGGCACUAGAAAGCUCCACUAG